AAAAGCGCCUGCACUGCACUGCACUGCACACUCAAUCCCGCGUAAAUCUGCAAUCUCUCUGAUAAAAUCUUCUGCUAGGGUUUUAGCCUUUCGGGUCGGGCUUUGUACAAUCCGAUUAAGAAAAACAAACUAUGAAGCAAAUUCGAACGUCAAAGCUGAUAACCUAUAUUCUCAUCGGACUCAUUACAUUUCUCGGUUUGAUUUGUUUAUACUACGGAUCCACCAUCGCUCCUGCACUCUAUAGAUCCGAUCGCUUCGGUGAAGCUACCGACCCGGUUUCUACUGGGUAUGCUCGGACACCUGAUCUCGAUGAUGACUUGUUUCAAGAACUAGUCCCGCAAAGCAUUCCUAUCUGUGACAUGAAAUACUCGGAGUUAAUACCCUGUUUGGAUAGAAAUCUUAUUUAUCAAUUGAAAUUGAAGCCUAAUUUAACAUUGAUGGAACAUUAUGAACGUCAUUGCCCACCUCCGGAGCGUCGAUAUAAUUGUUUGAUUCCGCCUCCGAUUGGUUACAAGAUUCCUAUAAGAUGGCCGGAGAGUAGAGAUGAAAUAUGGAAGGUUAAUAUACCUCAUACGCAUCUUGCGCAAGAGAAGUCUGAUCAGAAUUGGAUGGUGGUUAAUGGAGACAAGAUUAAUUUUCCUGGUGGUGGUACCCAUUUUCAUUAUGGUGCUGAUAAGUACAUUGCUUCUCUUGCUAGGAUGCUCAAGUUCCCAAAUGAUAAACUUCACAAUGGUGGAUAUAUUCGGAAUGUUCUAGAUGUUGGUUGUGGGGUUGCAAGUUUUGGAGCCUAUCUUCUUGCCCAUGACAUUAUAACCAUGUCCCUUGCACCUAAUGAUGUACAUGAAAAUCAAAUACAAUUUGCACUGGAAAGAGGGAUCCCGUCAACUCUUGGUGUCUUAGGAACAAAAAGACUUCCUUAUCCAAGUAGAUCGUUUGAACUUGCUCAUUGUUCAAGAUGCCGGAUUGAUUGGCUCCAGAGAGAUGGAAUUCUCCUAUUAGAACUUGAUCGAUUGCUAAGACCGGGAGGAUAUUUUGCAUACUCCUCUCCUGAAGCUUAUGCACAUGAUCCUGAAAAUCGAAGGAUCUGGAGUGCUAUGCAUGAUCUUUUGGGAAGAAUGUGUUGGAGGGUUGUUGUGAGGAAAGACCAGACCGUUAUAUGGGCAAAGCCCACAAGUAAUAGCUGUUUCUUGAAAAGAGAACCAGGAACUCAACCCCCUUUGUGCAGUUCUGAUGAUGACCCAGAUGCAACCUGGAAUGUACACAUGAAAGCAUGCAUCUCGCCCUACUCUUCAAAGAUGCACAAGGAAAGGGGAAGCGGACUAGUUCCUUGGCCACGGAGGCUUAUUGCAGCACCUCCUCGCUUGGAAGAAAUUGGUGUCAGUCCUGAAGAAUUCCAGGAGGACACUAGAAUAUGGCAAUUUAGAGUGAGCGAGUAUUGGAAGCAGAUGAAAUCUGUUGUACGCAGGAGUUACUUCAGAAAUGUCAUGGACAUGAACUCGAAUCUUGGGGGCUUUGGUGCUGUCCUCAAAGACACAGAUGUAUGGGUGAUGAAUGUUGCUCCAGUCAACCAGUCAGCUAGAUUGAAGAUAAUUUAUGAUCGUGGUUUAAUCGGAACAGUUCAUGACUGGUGUGAAGCAUUUUCCACAUAUCCACGUACUUUUGACCUUCUUCAUGCCUGGGAAGUAUUUGCUGAGGUUGAGGAGCAUGGAUGUAGUUCAGAGGAUCUACUUAUUGAAAUGGAUCGAAUACUAAGGCCGCAAGGGUUCGUCAUCAUAAGAGACAAACCCUCAAUUAUAAACUAUAUCCGCAAAUUUCUGACUGCCUUAAGGUGGGAUCAUUGGAUAUCAGAAGUUGAACCAAGGAGUGAUGCUCUUGCCUUGAAUGAGGAGCGGGUUUUGAUUGUGAGAAAGAAGUUGUGGAGUGGAGAAGUUUCAGCAAUAUGAAUAUCUACAAGGUGUACAUCUCUCUAAUUUAUUCAACUUUUAUGGAUCUUAUACCACUAAUACAAGAUAUUUUAUUUACUUGCAUGGGAAUCAGCUGAAAGAAAUUUUGUAGCCCUUUGCCACACAUGAUGCUAAAAUGGAAGGCAGAACCAGUGUUGAGUUGUCCUAUUGAGAGCAAGGUUCUCCCUCAUGUUAAGUCGGCCCGGCAGUGUAGAUGUAUACAAUUGUUUCAUUGAAUAUGGAAAGCAAGAUACAUGAGAUACAAUUAUGAAGACCAUCUCUUCUGAAGAUUAGAAAAAAACAGGUAGGAUUACUCGAGAGAUUGAUUUUGUGUCUAUGGAAUGUAAUUGUUUAAAGCUAAUCUUGGAACUUUCAUUGUUAAAAAGAAAAUUACUCCUUCCUUGGAUUCUUUU